AAUCUGUCGUCAGUGACUGAUUAGUUUUUAGAAUGUCUGGUGUGUCUUAUAUUGUGUUCUUCUUUAUCUCUCAUCUUUUAAUUCUUUCUUUGGCUCAAGAAGAAAUGGGCUCCAGCCCAAAAUGUAAACCUUUCAAUUGUGGAAUUCUCAACGUUAUAGGCUUCCCCUUCUCCAAUGAAACGUAUCCUGAGUGUGGAUUCUUAACGGUAGCAGGCUGCAGAGAACAAGUUCCGAGGAUUCGACUGGGGAAGGAUGGACCAGAAUUUCAUGUUCUGAGCAUCUCUAAGGAUAAUACGCUUACGCUUAGACAUGAUGAAGGAUUCGAGAAGCCUCCUUUGAACAAUCGUCGUUGUGUUCAAUACUUUCAAAAUCUAACCAUUCCUAGCUCUCCUUUUUUCUCUUUUGAAGUAAUACCCGAAAAUCAAACCCUGUUCAAAUGUCCCGGUACGUCUUAUUCUGUCCCAGAAAAUUAUGAUUCACUCUGCAAUGACUCCAGCCACUCAAUUAUCUACUACAAAGGCUCAAAACCUGGUGGAUUACGAGUUCCUCCGCAACAAUGCUCACUUAUUCUGUUCCAAACGAACAGGACUCCAAAUGGUCUUAACUUCUCGAAUUUAUAUACUGGUUGGUUCCGUCUUCAAGUGAAAUUAAAAAGAGAUUGCCAUGAUUGUCAUGGAAGAAAAGGGCAAUGUAAAAUCGAUAGCAUCGGAAAUUUUUAUUGUGCAAAUGCAAAAGAUGGGCAAUCUUUUUUGAAUGUGGGUCUGGCAAUAGGUAAUGUAUCUCUUUAA